AAAAAAGUAGCUGUCAGAGGGCGGACCUUAUCUCACAGGACUAGUAAUUGCAGUGUUAUUCAAGGGGACGGCGAAAGUUUUUAGUCAUUUUAUGUCUCCUGUUGUAACGUCUUUCUUCUCCCGCAAAGGAUAAACCUGCGUGGGAAUAUCGUAACUUCGGAUUGAUUCUAAAGGUGAUGUAGGCGAAAUUGUAGCGUGGCGAAAUUGUGUUAUAGAAAACGUUAGCUCCGUCUUCCAGCUACCAAACUAGCCUGCCUGCCUGCCUGCUACAAAGCGUGGUGGAAACACCGCAGAUUAUGUCAUGAUACAUUUGACUCAUCAUGCAAUUAAUUGGAGUUUUGCAAACAUUUUGUCUGACUAAUGCAGCAUCCAUGCUCCUCGCACACAAUAUUUGAUAGGUCAACUCAAAACAGUUGUGUUUUCCAGUGCGGACAGCUGUCUCUGUUUUCGAAAGACAAACUGGCGAGUUGGGACAGAUAUGUCGUUGAGGCUGGCUAGCUAGAAACACCAACAUUAGCGAGUUCGGGGUGCCUUAAAUCACUGCAGCCAUGCACACCCGAAAUGGACUCCGCAUCACCAACAUUAUUUACUUCAAAGGACAACAGAAACAACUUUGUUGCAUGGCCUUAUUGAUUCUCAAGCCUUGCUCGCCCACCACUAGUAGCCAAUUCUGAGCACUCCGGAUUUAUGACCUACUCAACUUACUCUCAGCUAGAUUCAGUCGAAUCGCUGGUUAACGAGCUUCCCUAUAUGUUUUAUCUGGGCCUCUUUUUUGUUAAUGUUUUGAUCUUGUACUAUGCCUUCUUGAUGGAGUACAUCGUUCUGAAUGUCGGGAUAGUUUUUCUGCCAGAGGACAUGGACCAGGCACUGGUGGAUUUGGGCGUGUUGUCGGACCCAGGGUCUGUUCCCUAUGACACGGACACAGAGCUGGAUGUUUUCGAGGGGUACCUUGAGUGAGCAUGUUCAAGCUGACAUAAGCUCACCAAGGAUGCUCUGGCACCGGCAAGAGAACCGGAUGUUUUGGUACAUCUUGUUGAAUGUGUGUGCAGUGACACUGAAAGAAAACACUAGAACAUUUCUCUGCAGGAUGUCAACAUAACCCUCUUCAAAUGUGAGUUAACAGGAUUUAUUCAAUCAAGAUGCUGGACAAAGGCUGGACCCCUUGAUGCUAAUGAAAGGAUGUGUUUCCAGAGUAUGGACAAUGUGCAGUCUGAAUAGCAAUGACUGCACCAAAUGGUGUAUUCUCACCCCCACUACAGAAUGUAGGCAGCAGAACUGUCUGCCUCUGAAGCGAAACAAAAUGAGAGGCCUGGCUGCCUUCUACAAGAUUAGUCCAGAAGAGUUAGCACUUAAGAUCUCCAAUCCUGCCAUUGCAUUUGAAAAUUAACACUACCUGCCGUUUCUAACCUGCAUGUUCAGCUAAAAGGCAAUAAACACGAUGGAUGAUAAGC